AUGAUAAACAAGCGAUCAAAAAUUGAAGAUCCGCCCGAGAAUGAAAUCGACUUCGACAUCGAAAGCGUAAAACCAGCAGGAAAUCAAUAUACUUCCGCGAUUACUGAUAUUGCAUCAAUUGUUGAUGGUAGCUCCGCCUCCAUUGUCAAUGUUAAUGGUAGAAUGUCAUUCCAAGGCUUCCAGGAGACUAUUCUUAAGAAGAAUGGAAAAACUUUAAGAAAACAAGAAGCAGUUUUCACUGAUAAUUCUGCUUCUGUUCGCGCUGUAUUGUGGCAAAGUGACAUUGAAAAAAUUCAAUCAGGGUCUCACUACACAAUCUCAAGGGCAGUUGUAAAAGAAUACGAGGGCAACAAAUAUCUAACGAUGAACAGAAAGUCGGAAAUAAAGGAAUCAACUGUUACUGUUCAGUUAGAAGAUCAGGUGAAUCUGCGAGGAAACCUGCAAAAGACGGUUGAUAUGAGAAGAUUGUGUUAACAACUAUAUUAACGUUUCCCUUAACUAACUGAUAAGACUAAAGUAUCGAACAAUUUUAAAACAUAAUUAAUUAAUUUAAUUAAGUUAUGUUGGGAUUUGUUUAAGUUGCAUUGGGUUUUGUUUAAGAAACGGGUGAAAAACUUGUCACUUGUUUCAGUAAUUAUAAAAACAAUUUUCAUAAUAAUUGUAUUUGUUUUUAUUGACAACGUUUUUGCGUCAUAAUAUUUUCGAUGACUACAGCUUGCGCUCAGGCAGCAUUCCCUACCCUAUGGGUAACCUAGUACAUAAAAUAAUACAUUGUGCCCAUACACCAAACUGGUUGUCACAUCUAUCGUUACAAGGAUUAUCGUCAAAAUCUUUUGAAUAUUUCAACCCACUUGCGUUGGUGCCUCAUGUUUAUCUGCCUAAUUAAAAUAUUUUUUAGACAGUGUUUUAUUAGCUUUGCUACUCAAGGUUGCAAUGAAUAUUUCAAACGUUUUGCAGAGGCGGACAAAAACCAAGAUUAGGGCCCAGUGUGAGUUCCCCAGAGUGAGAUUUAGGUCACUCAGGCUAGGGUACCCAACUGGCCAAAUAAGGACUGAAUUGGUAACAUAUACACUCUCAUUGGUCACUUCUGGAAAUGCUCUCUACGUCAUACUGAUUAGAGAUCACUAGUAUAUAGGCAAACAUUCGACACAAGCACACCCAAAAGCAAAGGAAAAAAUCGUGGUCGAAACAAGUGCAACCAACUAACCUUGCGAAAAUGGCAUCUCCUAUCAAGUCAUUGAGCUUUAGAGAAGACGGCGAAGGAUCAGUUUGUCUCCAUAUUAAAGUGAAAAAGGGUUUUUACAAACGCAUUGCCAAUUUUUGGUUCGAAAUUCAAACGUUCGUAAAGUUUGGAGGUGAUCUUACACAUCACAGUGGAUAUUUGUGUGAGGUGCACAAGAUGAUGGGAGGCAGUAGAGUGUCGAAGUAAGUUGCAAAAUGUUGCAUAAUUAAUGUAAUUAAUAUACGAACUUGUCAUGUGUGUGGAUAACAUUUCAAUUCAAAUUGCCUUAGCUAGAAUAGAUUGAAUAGUAUAAUGCUUUAUCAGUGCUACCAUGCAGUCACUCGCGUACCAUACAGUUCAUACUGUUUUAAUUCCCUUCUGUAGUUGGUUUAAAUCUUUUUAUCCAGUCCCAGUAGCUAUUUUUUAUAUUAAAUUGGUUUGAAAAUUAUCCUAAUUCCAUGUAAUAUUUUCUGACACGAUAUGUUACACAAUUAGUACAAAGUACAAAUUUAGGAUAGAAUUUUCUUCCUUUUUACAACGCAUAUAUGUGCAUCAACUUUUGAUGUGCUUUAUAUAUUGCUGAGAAAAAAAUCCACUAGCUAAAUACAACUAAACCGAAUGCUGUUUCAUAUAUGUGAUUAGAUCAAGAUAGUUCAAAAUAGCGUAUUUCGCAUAGCGUAUUUCGUAUACGUCUCUCAGUGAUUGCAGUGUUAAUUAAACAGGCGUGCAUUAUUUUUUGAUAUCAGAAAGUGCUUUGUUCUGUGUCAACAUCUGGACUCAUCUCAACAAUUCAAGAACAUAUUGAACCAAGCAUUGGCCGAGUAUGGAGGAGUCGUCUGGGAAGAAGUAAAAGAUGGCCAAUAAGAGCACUUCUCCAGCAAAUGACAGAUACUUUUUUCCUGGAAGAUGGCAAAAUCCGUUUAGGUGUUACCACAGUAGGACGGCAAUCAGUGGAUACGCAAAAACAAAGCGACUACAACCCAGAAAACGAUAUAUACGUACUUAGUGAGUUUUUACAGGUAUGUUUAUGCAAUUAUGCACAGUAUUCAGUAAUUCGUCUUUUAGUGCGAUUUUACCUUCUUAAUACUAAAAUUCUGCAAUGCAACGUUGUGGGAAAGUACUGUAAGUGUAAGUAUAGUCAAGGCUGUGUGAUUUACACUGUCUAAGAUUAUAGGUAUCUGUUUGAAGUAUUUUCGCUUUUCAAGAUGUUAACAAUUAAUGCAGGGAUUGCAGAAAGAACUGUUAAAUAAAAGCUAAACGUUUUCACAAUAUGAGCUUAGUAAUCUGAUAAAAUAGCUUAUUUUACCUGCUCAUCACGUGAUUCUAAUCCUAACAUUAACCCUAAACAAACUCUGAAUUUAAAUUUUGAACUAUCUUGAAAUUGACUUGCUUUUCGUCCGUCCCUUUUAGUCAUUUUUUAUACCCUGUAUCCAUAUUUUACUAGAUGAAUGGGAAAGGGAGACUACUUACAGAGGAAGAAAGAUCGUAUGUUUGGAUGGACACUCACGCUUGCAGUGACGACGACAGGGAUAUUGUAUUGGAUAAAGACAAUUUCAAAAUUAAUAUUGUACCUGACGUUUUGCAACCAUUCAACUGGAUAUGUUUCUUGGAUGCGGCACUACCUGUUCUCAAUGUGAAUUUUUAUCCAUCUAUAAUGAUGUUGGCAGGUGCCAUAGCCUGUUUUCACUACCUUACUCUAUUCAAAUGGCUGGUAAGUGUAAUGUUGUGGGCUAUGCCUCAGUUUUUAAUUAAUUAACAUUCACCGAAGCACGUAAACGAACGUAUAUUCAGUUAUGUUAAUUUGCAAACGUAAGAAAUUGAAUUCUGAUUGGCUCCACAUGUAAUAUGUGUAUUAAAUGAGACCAUAGAUAUGCAUAUUGUUUGUAAAAUGUGCGAAUUCUAAAGACUUUAUCAUGUUAGUUAGUUAAGGCGGUUUUCCACUAGGCGAAAUUUUUCGACCGAAUCGAAAUUUCUCUUUGUUUCAUGAGCUCUUAAGCAGAACUAAUUGUAAAAAGAGAGAGAAAUUUCGUUUCGGUCGAAAAUUUCCGCCUCAUGGAAUCAGGCCUUAAAUCACAAUUUCGAUUUGAAUUAGCUAUGUCGACAUGUGUAGUCGUGUAGAUAACUAUAGAGUCUAGAGAUUUCCUAACGUACUAUCGCAUCGUGCGAAAAUAUGUUUGCAUAUACAAAGUUUUCAUUCUCGCGCAGACAUAUGUCCAACUAUUUGCACAGAAAUAUUUGAAUCUUAAAACUUCUCCAGAGACUAAGAGUUACAAGAGAAUACAUUAACUAGGGGCCGAUUACAUGGCCAACUUUCAACCCCGGGCUUAAACUCAGCCCUGUUAACCAGGUUGAAUUUUUUUGCGAUUACAUGGACGAUUUCAACCCCGGGGUUGAAACGCUAUACUAUACGUUCUAUCGUUAGCUAUGCUAUAAAUCUUGUAAUGUCAUGAUUGAUUCAUGAACGAAUUUAAACUCUUCACAAAUAUCUUUGGCUUUGGGAAUCGAAAUAUUUACGAAACAUACUGUAUUGAGUAGCGCAAUGACAAUAGAGAGCCAGUAAGAUACCUCGGUUUCGGUGUACGGGUAUGAGUAGUGUCAUCUUGUUUUACUGAUGUCUGUAAUUCGAUCAUACUUUUUCAGUUUUCUUGCAAUAGACAAUGAUAUAAUGCGAAAAAUGUGCACCUUAAUUACGAGUAAAGGUACAGACAUCGACGAAAAAUAUUGCUAGCAAUCGUAUGUAAAUUACCAACACACCACACACAUACGUGCGAAUAAAUUAUGCCAAACGUUUAUCCUAUAAGACCUUGCUAUUAUACGGUUGAGAACGGAUUGAGUGCUAUCAGCCAAUAGGGAACUGUAGUUUUGACGAUUGUUUCGUUCAGUAAUGAGGCUUUACGUUCGUUUAUGUGCUUCGGUGCAUGUUAAAUUAACUAUUGCAAAUUUAUAAACACCCUAUAAAGACUAUAAUUGCUAAAACUAUAAAUAAUUAAUUAGUUAAAUAAUUCAUAUUAAUGAGUUUUUAAAUGCUAUUUAUUGUACAUGCUUGCCCAGCACCAAUGGCUAUUGGUGCACCAGGAUCAGGGAAAUCAACAACAAUUGAACUGAUAUCAAAAUUACUGGGUUGUAAAGUCGAGUCGCAAGCAACAGUGGAAGUUAUCCAAUCUCUUCUUAAGAAAACAAGCAUUCCUCUAUGUUGGGAUGACCCUACUUAUCCUUCAAAUGUCAAGGCAGUACUAUCUGGUUCCUUCGACUCAAAAGGAAAGAGAACUAAAGGAAAAGGGAAAGAAGUUCCAAAGACCAACAUGGUCUUGGCUGUUAAUUUCGAGUUGGACGAUGACCUAAGGUGA